AACAAGAAUAAUUACAACAAGCCUUCCAAGACUCCAUCUCGAUAAUGAUUAGGUUCCAAGACAAGUUCUGUUCAGUUCAUAAUGUGAAUAGUUUUCAAUUCAUUCCAGCAAGCGUCAGUUUUGUCACUCACCAGAACAGCAAAAAAAUCCACGCAAGUAGCCUCAUCCGUGGUUCCCCUUAUCCAGAAGUACUCAAAGUCCAGUCGAAUGGAGCAAACACCUAAAAUGUACGAUAAGAUGACAAUGGCCCGGUUCCUCUGGAUUGCGUUUGCGUGCAUGAGUUCGUAAAUGGUUCUCCAAACCAUUCGACGAGUCUUCAUCAUACUAUCAAGAUGAGUAGAUGGUUUUCUCAACAUGUUGGAGGGCUCUUGGCACUUAUACUGUUUGAAUGUGCAAUCCAGGCUCUGGCCAUAACAACACAAUUCCAUGGAAAAGAACUUCCUAACUCAACAUCUACUAGUUUGCAUCGCAAGGGAAAGAUUCUGUCUUUCAUGAACAUCGUUCGUUUCGAUAAUACUGCUUGUGUCGGGACAGCAAGACUUGGAAUUUGUUACACAGCUGCUGAAUGUGAGGCUCGAGGUGGAAGGACAACCAAUACAUGUGCUCAAGGUUAUGGAGUUUGUUGCAUUUUCUCAUUGGGUUGUGGUACGACCAGUGCAGAAAACUGCACCUACUUCGAGCCCGUUGGAACGAUCAAUCCAGGAUCUUGCACCCAUACCAUUUGUCCAUGUUCUUCUGACAUAUGCCAGAUGCGUCUGGACUUUUUGUUGUUCGAUAUAACCGGGCCAUCCACGAGAACUGAAUCCAUUGGCACCUUCCGAGGAGGCCAGAUCGCUGCCGAAGGCGUCCAGUACAGUGUUGCCACCCAAUGUUUGACUGACAUAUUCAGUGUGACCAGUUCGAGUGGAAUCAACCCACCUUCAAUCUGCGGCGUUAACACCAAUGAACACAUGUAUGUGGACGCCGGGGACGGUUGCAAUGACCUCGUAUUCCAAAUUGGCGAAGUUGCCAGGGGAAACACGAUUCCAGCAAGGCAAUGGGCUAUCAAAAUUUCACAAUUCUCUUGUGAUUAUAAUAAUCUGGCACCCCCCGGUUGUACUCAAUACUUUUUCAAUUCUGACAGCGGAGUCGUACGGAGUUACAACUAUGACAAUGCUCAAAGUCGACAUCUAGCGGACCAACAACAAGUUGUUUGUGUCAGACGCGAACAGGCACGCUGCAGAAUCUGUUGGUCAGCCCCUGAGAAAACUGGGGUUUCUGUUAAUGGCUUGAUCAAUGACAGAGGAAUCGUCAGUCCUGAUAUUUGUUGUGCAUACAACAUGAAUGACGCAAUGGAAGUGAAAGGAUAUGACUGUAUAAGCAUUCCUGGGGCUGUAGCAGCUGGCACAUUGACUCCGGUCCCGGAACGAGUUUGCGGAAUAAGAGGUUUGGUGACGGCUAAUGGAAAUGAUUACGUUCCAAUCUGCUCUGUAAGCGAACCCUUUCAAAUUCGAUUCAACAGCGAUUCUUAUGAAGCCACCAGCGAUGGUGAGGCAAUCAGUGAGGAAGCUGAAGUGUUGGGACCCAAUACCGGAUUUGAACUAAACUACGCCCUGUCCAACGACAAUUGCUCGUAAUAUGCAACAUUGGCAGUCUUUGUAAGAUUAGAAAUCAAAUUUAAAAACAUGCUUCAAAGGUGAAUAAACUUGGUCAAGUCUGCAA